CUCGAGCAGGGAAUCAGGGGUACGGCCUCCGAUCCCGUCAAACCCAUGGGCGGCUCUGUUUCAAGUUCACGAGGUAGUACGGGCAGUGCGAACUCUCGAGAACAAUCCAAGCUCAUUAUCCGUCAAGAAAAUACCAUUACUCAGCAAAACAAUCUGAUCAAGUCUCUCCAAGAUAAGAUAAUGGAACUUGAAAAACGAUCGAACGAUGGAAAUGAGAUCGACUCCGGCGCUCGGAACUCUAUGUCCUCGACUUCAUCCAGUUCGUCAGAUGCCAAGAAAGGCGGCGUCCGAUCAAUUACAGGGAGCCUCGCGAAUGCACCUCCUCCAACACCUCCUCCAAGUCACCCGCCACCACCGCCCCCAGGCACUCCACCACCCACACCCGGGCUUCCGCUUAAUCCUCCUACAACACCUCGUUCCCCCAUGCCACCAAGACUUGACACGAAUCCCACGAGGAAUAGAUCUGAUUCUAACGCGAACUCCGAGUUUGCAUCGGAGAUUCAAAAGUUGCACAGGAAGAUCGAGAAGAUGGAGAGCGAAAGUUUACAAAAUCGACAACUUGUCGAAACAUUGGAGACCACACUCAAUGAGAAUGAAACCAAUCUUCGUGUGGCUAAAAAAGAGUUGUCCGUGUUGCAACGCGAAAAGAGUGAAUUCCUCAAACAGAUUAAGAAUUUGAAGUCACAAUUGGAAGAGGCACAGCAACAAGUUGAACAGGCGAAAUCAACUGUUCAAGAGGAAAAGAAGAUUAUGGAGAGCGUGUUGGAGGAAGAGAGAAGAGCGAAGGAGAGAGCCGAAAACUCCCGGUUGGCAUUAGAAAGUCAGAUGGAGCAGCUUAUGGCCAAGAAAAACAA